UGCAAACAAAGAAAGGAGAAAACUACUUCACAUAAGUACAGGUCCAACUUCAGUGACAGAUCUGAUGGCCUUGGAGUGGCUGAAGACCACCACCCUCCACAGGCCUGCGCCCAAGCACAGCUAUCCUUCUUUAUCUUGAAUCUCCCCUAGCUAUUAUACCAUCUAUGAAUACUUCUCUCAGUGGAGAUCUUCACAGUGCAAUUGGACCAAAUCCUUUGGAAACAUUAUGUAUCUCAAAUGCCCUGUGGAAUACACACUUAAUCAGGUGAUGGCUUGGAAUUUUCCAGUAUCUGCUAAGAAGGGCCUGCUUUAAGGCUGUUCAGUUCUGCAGGAAAGGAGAGAAGGCAUCGAGGAGACCGUCUCUGAUCUCUGGAGGUUGGUGAAACUCAGGAACAGUGCAGGCAGGAGUCAGCUACUGAGGAGGCCUGCUUUAAGGCUGGUCCUUUCUGCAAGAAAGGAAAGAAGCAUCGAGGAGACCGUCUCUGAUCUCUGGAGGUUGGUGAAACUCAGGAACAGUGCAGGCAGGAGACAGCUACUGAGGAGGCCUGUUUUAAGGCUGGUCCUUUCUGCAAGAAAGGAAAGAAGCAUCGAGGAGACCAUCUCUGAUCUCUGGAGGUUGGUGAAACUCAGGAACAGUGCAGGCAGGAGCCAGCUACUAAGGAGGCCUGCUUUAAGGCUGGUCCUUUCUGCAAGAAAGGAAAGAAGCAUCGAGGAGACCGUCUCUGAUCUCUGGAGGUUGGUGAAACUCAGGGAUCGUGCAGGCAGGAGCCAGCUACUGAGGAGGCAAAUUCAGAUUGCUGCAACCCAAGAAGGAUUUCUUGCAGUCAGCUGUUGGUCUUAACACUACUUGAACACAGAGAAGAGGGGAGAGUCGUGCCACAUCAGUGAAGAUCACCUGCAGUGGCUGCUUGGUGGUGCUGGGGUUGCCGCUGACCACUGCAGUCAACUGGUCUGCCCCCACCUAGGACCUGUCCAUCUUCCUCCAGCUUGGUUUUUACCUCUUCUGCACUGUAUCUGUGUUAUUGACUGAGACUGCUUGGGUAGGAGCUUUCUUGAAUACUGGAUUGUCAUUCCAGUCUAAUUCCUUUGAAUCUCAUAGCCUCAUUUUCCGAAAAGCAUUGUGAAGAUCAGUCAUAUAACAGGUCUCUUUUGAAAGUUUACUGUUGGUAAGGGGUAUACAUUGAGGCUUAUUUCCAUCUUACACUAUGACUGGUGCAGAGAUUGAGCCUGGUGCCCAGGCAAAGGCAGAAAAUAAGCCUGGGGCUGAGAAUGUGAAUGUUGCUGAAGCAGAGAAUGAAGUGCCAAUGGUGGUCAGACCUAAGGUUAGGACACAGAUAAUGACUGGAGCAAGGCCCAAAGUAAAGCCUAAGUCUACACCUUGUACAAAACCUAAAAGUGAAACCAGUUCACCAGGUGGGGCAUAUGCUAAAUAUAAGCCCAAGGCAAUGCCUAUUUCACGGUCAAAGAAUGACGCUCAGGCCUGGGCCCCGAGUAAGUUUAGGGCAGAUUCCAUGUCAAAGGUGGGAAAGCAAUGUCAGCUCAGUACUGCAGAUUCUUCACUGGUCAGUACUGAUUCUGGGGUGGUUGCUCAAGCUAAGUGCCUGUCUGUAGAUAGAGAACUUGUUAAUAUGGACACUGAGAGUUUUCCAAAGAAGGCUAAUUCUCCAGCAGGAUUCCAGCCUUCUUUUGGGUCAGAGGAGGGAAGCAAUAUGGGUUCCUGGUACCGUCCCAGGCCUAUGCCCAAAGGAGAGGCAUAUGAGAAUUCUGAUUUCAAAUGGGCAGACAAACCCUCAGGAAGUUCUUCCUUCUGGAAUAGAGAUGAAAGCAGUACAAGAUUCCGUCCUAGGAAAAGCAUGAAGAGCAAUACCAGGUUCAGGCACAUGGCCAAACAGGAGGCAAAUCCUAUGCCCAGGCACAAAAACAAGCAAGAGUUUUACAAUAUUUCUAGUUCUGAUACUGAGGAUGAGUCUGUUAAGACUCCCUGGUUCUGGCCCAAAGAAAAGACCAAAGUCUGGUCUAGGCCCAAAGAAGAGCCCAAUAAUAGGCCCUGGUUUAGGCCUAAGAAAGAAGUCCAUGUUGAAUCCACUUCUGGGUCUGAAUGCGAAAAUCAUUCAAAAUCUCUGUUUUGGUCUGGAGAAGAGGCCAAAUCCAGGUCCAAACCCAGAGCCAGGAAAGGGGUCAAUAUGAGGGCCAGGCACCAAGCCAAGAGAGAAGCUUCCAGUGAUGUCAUGUAUGGAUCUGUAGAUGUAAGCAAAAAAGAGUCUUGGUUCUUGCCUGAAGAUAAGACUAAUGCUUUUUCAAAGUCUAAGACAAAGAAAGAACUCAGAACCAGAGCAGUGCCAAAGGAAGAAGUCAAAACUAAGACCAGAGCAAGUAUCAAACAGGCCAGGCCAGAGGAAGAAGUCCUCAUUGGACCUUGGUUCUGGGAUACCCAGGAGCCCACAGUGAUGGGUAGGGUAAGCAUGAAGCCCACCCUAUAUGUAGAGGAGGAGCCCUUUGUUGGAGAUUGGUUUUGGAGUGAAGAAGAAGCCAGUGUGGACUCUGGCACCUAUCAUAAAUCCAGACCAAGGGCUAAGGAACAGCAAGUUAAUUUCUGUUUAGGGUCUGGGAAGAAAACCAAUAUGGAAAAUGGGCCUAAGGCUACCUCUAAAUCUGUGCCAGUAACUAAUGAUGAUGAGGUCAUUGUUGGGUCCUGGUUCUGCACUGAUAAUGAAGAAGAUGUCGACUUACAGGCUGAUGAAGAGUCUAUUUUUGGAUCUUGGUUCUGGGGCAGUGGUGAUAACAGCUUGAGAUCUGUACGAGUCAGUUGUGAGAAGAUGCCAAAGUCCGAGGAAAAAGAAAUUACUGAUUCUUGGUUCUGGGCUGGAGAAGUCAGUGCAGAGGCUGAAGAACAGGCCAGGUCAGCAUCUACAAAAGGGAUAAUCUUUGUGCCUUGGUUUUGGUCUGAAAAGCAGGCACAUAUGGAUUUAGGGACUGAACCUUGCCCUGACAUCAUGGCAGGAGCUGAGGAGGAGCCUAUAAUUGGACCCUGGUUCUGGGCUAAAGUAGAUAAUAGUGUGGAGGCUGAAGCUGACAGUAAGUCUAGCCUAGAGGACGAAGAAGAGCUCUUCACAUCACCUUGGUUAGGGGCCAGAGAACAACCCAAUAUGAACUAUGCAGCUGGUGCUAGAUGCAAGCCUUUGGCAGAAGCUGAGGGUGCUAAUAAAAGGUCUUGCUUCUGGGCAAAAGAACCCUGCUUUUAUCCUACCAAUAGCAAAAGCUUGAAAACUAAUCUGGGAGAGAAAGAGGAUACUGUUGAUUCAUGGCUCUGGUCCAAUAAUUUUCCAAGAACAAGGGCCAGUGUAGGGUCCUGGUUAUGGGCUGCAGAAGAGGGAAAUAUAGAUGAUGAGACUGGAGAAGAGAUCAAACUACCAACUUUAGAAGACAAUGUGUUCAAUUCUUGGUUCUGGGAGGAAAAUGAAGAAACCAUUGUAAAUACUACCAAAAGAGAGGAAUCCAGGCGAGAAGUAGAAGAGGAAGAUAUAAUUGGCUCUUGGUUUUGGGCAGGGGAUGGGGACACAAUUCAGCCAGCCACUAGGAUUAAUGAAGACAACAAGAAAACAUCUGAAGAGGAAGAUACAAUUGGAUCUUGGUUCUGGGGCAAGGAAGAGGCCAGUCUAGAGGCAAUGAGAAGGGGCACUUGUGAGUCCACUCCUGGAAUUAAGGGAGAGAAAGUUAUUGGGUCAUGGUUCUGGACUGAAAAAGUCAAAAUAGGGGCUGGGUCACAGACAAUUGAAACUGGGUCAGAAACUGAUGAGGAGGCAAUUUUUGAGUCCUUGAUCUGGGCUGCAAAAAAUGGCAAUAUGGACGCAGGAGUAAACCGUGUUUCCAAGCCAGAGGAUGAAGGUGAAAUGACUGUUAAGUCCUGUCUCUGGGCUAGUGACAAGGCUACUGAAGAAUCUGGAACUGUGAUUAUCAGUGAGUCCAAUCCAGAUAAGGAGGAAGAAUCUGGAACUGUGAUUAUCAGUGAGUCCAAUCCAGAAAAGGAGGAAGAAUCUGGAACUGUGAUUAUCAGUGAGUCCAAUCCAGAAAAGGAGGAAGAAUCUGGAACUGUGAUUAUCAGUGAGUCCAAUCCAGAAAAGGAGGAAGAAUCUGGAACUGUGAUUAUCAGUGAGUCCAAUCCAGAAAAGGAGGAAGAAUCUGGAACUGUGAUUAUCAGUGAGUCCAAUCCAGAAAAGGAGGAAGAAUCUGGAACUGUGAUUAUCAGUGAGUCCAAUCCAGAAAAGGAGGAAGAAUCUGGAACUGUGAUUAUCAGUGAGUCCAAUCCAGAAAAGGAGGAAGAAUCUGGAACUGUGAUUAUCAGUGAGUCCAAUCCAGAAAAGGAGGAAGAAUCUGGAACUGUGAUUAUCAGUGAGUCCAAUCCAGAAAAGGAGGAAGAAUCUGGAACUGUGAUUAUCAGUGAGUCCAAUCCAGAAAAGGAGGAAGAAUCUGGAACUGUGAUUAUCAGUGAGUCCAAUCCAGAAAAGGAGGAAGAAUCUGGAACUGUGAUUAUCAGUGAGUCCAAUCCAGAAAAGGAGGAAGAAUCUGGAACUGUGAUUAUCAGUGAGUCCAAUCCAGAAAAGGAGGAAGGGUCAGUUGCUGAGUUUGGGUCCAGAGAAAAAGAUGAGGUAACUAACAAGACUGGCACUGGAGAUAAUUGUAAACUUGGUACAGAAACUGAAACUAUAGUGGGAUCCUGGUUCUGGGAAGGAGAUGAAGCUAGUUUUGAGCCAAAUCCUGUCCCAGUGUGCAAGGCCGCUUGUGAGCCUAUGCCUUCAACUGAGCAGGAACCUGAUCCUUCCCGCAGACCUCAGAGCUGGGAUGAGGUCACUGUUCAGUUUAAGCCUGGUCCGUGGGGAAAGGCUGGAUUCCCAUCUCUAAGCUCCUUCAUAUUUCCAAAAGAAGCAGCAUCUCUGUUUGCCGAAAUGUUUGGGGGGAAACCUAAGCUUGGGGAACUUGGUCCAGAAGGAGAGCAGGAAUCUUCACAUCAGUCUGGACCCGAGUUCCCAUUUCAGUAUGAUCCCUCUUACCGGUCAGUCCAGGAAAUUCGAGAGCAUCUUAAGGCCAGAGAAAGUACACAGCCUGAGAACUGGUCUUGCAAUUGUAUCCAGUGUGAUCUUAGAAUUGGUUCUGAGGAGUUUGAGGAACUUCUUUUACUGAUGGACAGAAAUCGUGACCCUUUUAUUCAUGAAAUAUCUAAAAUUGCAAUGGGCAUGAGAUCUUCUUCUCAGUUCACCCGAGAUUUCAUUAGGAACUCGGGUGUUGUCUCACUUAUUGAAGCUUUACUUAACUAUCCAUCCUCCCGAGCUAGGACAAGGUUUUUGGAAAAUAUGGUUCGCUUGGCUCCACCUUAUCCAGAUCUAAACAUGAUUGAGACAUAUGUGUGUCAUAUUUGUGAGGAUACCUUUGAUUCUAUCUUGGAUUCCUCUGAGCAGUUGUCUGGAUUGACAAUGGUUACACACCUCACUGCUACUUCUGACUAUCACAAAGUGAUUAUCGACUAUUUGGCUGGCUUUUUCUACUUACUUAGUUCAGGCAAUGCCAAAACAAGGUUUCAUGUUCUGAAAUUGCUACUGAAUUUGUCUGAAAACGUUCUCAUGACAAAAUGCCUACUUGCUUGUGGCUCAGUGUCCGAAUUUAUGACCCUCUUUAAUAAGGAGGAGUCAAACGACAACAUUCAACUUGUUUUUGCAAUAUUUGAGAAUAUCAGUAACAAUAUUCAAAAAGAAGAACUGUUUGCUGAUGAUGAGGAUGAUGAUGAUGUGGUGGUAAAUCUGGAACCACUUAUUUCUGCGUUCCGUGAGGCUGAAAAACUUGCUAAGGAGCUAAAACACAAAACUGACAAUCCGAAAUCACCCUGAAGCAGAACAAAAAACCUAAUAUGAUUAACCAUUUGCCUCUGAUUGUCCUUGUGUUCCUGAGUCAUAUGACCGACCCUCAAAUAAUGCUUUGGUUUCACAGUUGAUUCCGUGUUUCAGUGUACCUCUUUAAUUUUACCCAACUCUGUGUAAUCUGUAUCAUUGUUCUGAUGCCAAAUGAAUAUACAACUGAGAACACAUUUGUGGAUGAUACUUGUUGUGUUGAUUGUGAUGUUCAACAUGUGAGUUUAAAGUGAACUGAGCCUUUGUAAAUAAGAUACCCUCCUAAUUGUUGUUCUCAUGUAUAUUUGAGUCUUGUGCUUCAAUAAAGUUCUCUGUUAAAGUUAGCAGAAA